AGCAUAUUUGAGUGUUCGUUGUGCCGCGAACGCACAGUAGUGAAACACUGUGCGCAACAGUGCGUGCGUGCGCGUUCCGCCCGUGGUAUCAGCAAAAAUAUGCAAAAAUAUGAGAAGCUCGAGAAAAUAGGAGAAGGCACUUAUGGCACCGUGUUCAAAGCCAAGAAUCGCGAGACACACGAAAUCGUCGCGCUGAAGCGGGUGCGACUGGACGAUGAUGAUGAAGGUGUACCAUCGUCAGCUCUACGAGAGAUCUGUCUUCUGAAGGAACUUAAACACAAGAAUAUAGUGCGUCUCUAUGAUGUGCUGCAUAGCGAUAAGAAGCUCACCUUGGUGUUUGAGCACUGUGAUCAAGAUCUCAAGAAGUAUUUUGACAGUUUAAAUGGAGAGAUCGACCUGGACAUCGUCAAAUCAUUUCUAUAUCAAUUAUUAAGAGGACUAGCAUUCUGUCACAGUCGUAAUGUUCUGCACAGAGACCUCAAACCACAAAACUUGCUCAUCAACAAGAACGGGGAGCUGAAGCUCGCUGAUUUUGGAUUAGCAAGGGCAUUUGGUAUCCCUGUAAAAUGCUACUCGGCGGAAGUUGUUACAUUAUGGUACCGUCCCCCGGAUGUUCUUUUCGGAGCAAAACUAUAUACAACGUCCAUUGAUAUGUGGAGUGCAGGAUGCAUAUUCGCUGAAUUAGCAAACGCCGGUAGACCGCUUUUUCCUGGAUCGGAUGUAGACGAUCAAUUAAAAAGAAUAUUUAAAAUGCUGGGCACACCGACUGAAGAGACGUGGCCAGACUUAACAACACUUCCCGAUUACAAACCAUUCCCACAAUAUCAUCCUACGCAAGGAUUAGCACAGGUUACACCCAAACUACCUUCAAGAGGCAAAGACUUACUCCAGAGAUUAUUAGUGUGUAAUCCGGCUCUACGGCUGUCGGCGGAGGAAGCAAUGACACAUCCGUAUUUCAACGACUUGAACCCUGCCAUAAAAAACGAUCGAUGCCAAUAGCGAGUCAUCGCUCUUAGCUUAAACUGAUCAAAAGCAUAUUACGGCGCGUACGAUUCGCAGCGAACAAAAAAUGAAAAGAAAAAGCUCUAGCAAUAAUCGUCCGUGUACAUACACAUACACACACACAUAUAUAUAUGGCGCUUGGACGAGAUAAUUCCCUCUCCCCCACGACAAGAAGAAGACACCGACGAGUCUUGUCGUUUUUGUAAUAAUGCCAAGGAAGAAUCGAUAAAUCGUUAAUUUUAUUCUUUAACGGCACAAUUUCUUGUAUCGAAAGUAAAAAUUCUAUGAUCGAUGGAAAGAAAAAACAUGACAUUUCAUAUGCUGUCAAAGUUGCGACUGAUGAAUGAGGAUUUUAUGCGAGUUUGAAUAGAAUAUUAAGCGCGAUUUAUUUAUUACUAAAUUAUUAUAUCAAUAAACUUAUAUCUUAAAGAAA